GUUCGAUUUUAGAUCCACCGAAAAAGUUCGCCGGAGAAAUACAAUAUACCUAUUUUUAUUUUUUAUUUAUACAAUAAAAUGUUAAAUAUUACAAAAAUAGUACGUAUAACGUCUAAUCUAAAUGGAUUUAGAUCGAGCGGGACUGCAGUUGAUAGGCUAAUGUUUUGUAACACAAAAUAAAAUGGUGGUGUUAGAUCAAAGCCCAAAAGAAGGAAGUAUCAGGUUUUAAAAGAUUACGUGAGUCCUAAGUAACUCUCGUAUUUUUUUCUGGGUCAAGAAUCUCAUAAUAUUAGAUUCACAAAAUAACAAUAUCUUUUGUUGCCUGUUUGAUUUGAUUAUUGUUGAAGUCCGUGCUUAUCUUGUCAAAAAUUUUGAUUUCAUAUUCAUAAAAUUAACAAAUAAAUUGUGCGAUUCCCUUAACUAUCUUUUCUCGAAUUCCUUUUUUAACUAGGACUUGCUUAUAUGAUUUCUUAUAAAAAAGCACGUAUCUUGUCUUCUCUCUUUCAUCAUUCAGAGAUAGAGCAACAUGGAACUGCUGCUACCACACGACGUGAUAGAGUAUAUUCUAGAAAGACUUGACGUGAAAACCCUCCUCAAGUUCAUGACGGUAUCCAAGCAGUGGAAAUCUACUAUCAUCCAAUGCCGUUCUUUCCAAACAAGACAGAUGCUCCGUCAUAAGCAAUCAGGAAAAACACAUGUCGCUUUUGUGUCCUUAUAUGGUGGUUCUGCAAGGAAUUCUGGCAUUGAAGCUCUUAGAACGUUGGCGGUGGGGUCAACAGUAUCUGUCAAGAUCCCUACUACUUGGGAAAACAAGUUUUACGAGGUUUGCAACACUAGCUGUGACGGUCUGAUAUGCCUCUACAAUUGUUAUGAUGGUCAGUGUAUUGUGGUCAAUCCCACCACCCGUUGUCAUAGAACUAUCCCUCCAUGCAACUAUCAUCUUGCUGUCCCUUUCAUUACGAGGAUCAGACAACCUUCUCCUGGAUUUGGUAAAGACAAGAUCAAUGGGACAUACAAGGUAGUUUGGUUAUACAAUUCUGCUGAACUUGGUCUAAAAAACAAAAGCAUUACUACUUGUGAAGUUUUUGAUUUCACCACAAAUGCCUGGAGGUACAUUGUCCCUGCUUCCCCUUAUCUGAUUCAUCACAUCCAAGUUCCUCUGUAUUGUGAUGGCUCACUUCAUUGGCUCACUGAGGGUGAUGAAACCAAUGUUUUGUCUUUGGAUCUUCACACCGAAACUUUUCAAGUCAUUCCUCAACCUCCCUUUCUCCACGGCUUGACCACACCGAAUCUUAUCAUGUGCAGUUUUGAUGAUCGUUUGUGCGUGUCUCCGAGAAUUUGGCUACAGCAGCAUGUGAUGUGGUCGUUUGAUUCAGAAGACAAGACAUGGAAGAAAAUAUAUUCAAUCGAUCUCAAAAGAACCUCUUCUGCGCUUAGGGAUUACAUAACACCACUAUCAGUUUUGGGGAAGGACAAGUUACUGCUUUAUGAUCGUGAAUUUUCGGGUGUACAAUUGGUGGCAUAUGAUCUCAGAACCAAAUAUUAUGACAUAUCGUACAAAUGUAACGACAAUGCAUACGUUCUUUGUUAUGUCCCUAGUUUAAUCUCUAUUCUGUAAACCUCUCGAACCAUAUUGCUUUUAAUCCAUUGUUACUAUAUGAAUGGUUAUUAUUAUGUUUAUGUCAAACCUCUGGAAAGGAGCUGAACAUCUUUAUGCUAGUUCUGAAAAUAUGUUGAAGAGUUCUUGAGAAUGCAAGUCCAACAACAAUAUUCAAUUCACAGUGAUAAACUCUUGAGAAAGAUAAUAACAAAGUUGUGCCAUCUGAUCAUGAAAGAUUACUAGAAGCUGUUACUGGGGCUUAAAUAACCAUUAUAUCUCUCUAUGUUAAAGACAGAACCAUUUAAUUUUAACCACAAACGCUUGAAGACUUGUUGUCACUACGUCCCCUGUUUGGCCUAACUCUUUAUAUAGCAACUAGCAACCAAUAAUUCAUUGUCUUUCGAAAAGAUAUACAGAUCAAGAGUAACACCAAACAGUCACACAAAUGUUUACAUCUAUCUCCGUCCAUGGUUUUGACAUAACUCCAAUGACACAUCACAUAAAUAUAAUUUCUAUUCACAUGCAUUUGAUCUUUAAAACUCCCACUGAUUAAAUUAUUAGAAUGUUUUUCUAAAAGAGAAAGGUUACUAAGACAUGUGAGUGAGACUUGAAAAUUCAAACAGGCCGUUGAAGCAAAGCAUCGAAUCUGAGAUUUGGCUUUUGCACAAUUAAUCUGAAUCAGUCUGGUCAGCUGCUAUUGUGCUUCAAUCCUCACAUCACCCUCUUCCCCCAACAAAAAAAAAA